CGAAGUGUCACAUGUUCUUCGGCUUUCUACAAUCUGCCAAAACACAGAGGGCUCAGUCAUUCUCUGUUGGCUGAGAAACAUCAAAGAUCAGUCACUGAAUGGCUCCAACAUCACACUGAAACAUCAGCUCCUCCUGACUGUUGUGGAACUAACGACGCUGGACAUAAGAUUUCAGAUGCACCUGAGUGAUCUUUGUCCUUUCACCUGGACUCUUUGAUUAACUUUACUUACCUUUGGAUCCAGAAAAUUGGAGACAAAUUUUCUGGGUUGCGAAAGGCAUCACAGGCCGAGCCACAGCCUGAGGAUUCAUGGCGAUUAACGCUGAUGUGGAGGAUUGGGGUGGAGUUGGCAGUAAUGACUCUGGAGAAAGGGCAUGGCUCUUGCAGAGCCCCAGCGUGGAUUCUGUGCAGCACCUUGAGACGGAUAGGAGGAGGAGCGGGGGCGUGUCGUCUUUGGGAGCAGUCUUCAUCGUAGUGAAUGCAGCACUGGGCGCAGGUUUACUCAAUUUCCCUGCAGCCUUCAAUAUGGCAGGAGGCGUAACUGCAGGAGUGAUGCUUCAAAUGUGUAUGCUGAUCUUCAUAAUCAGCGGACUGGUGAUUCUGGGCUACUGCUCCCAGGUCAGUAACGAAAGCACCUAUCAGGAGGUUGUUCGAGCCACUUGUGGGAAAGUCACAGGAGUCAUAUGUGAAGUAGCCAUUGCUGUCUACACCUUUGGCACUUGCAUUGCCUUCUUUAUUGUCAUUGGAGACCAGCUGGAUCGCUUGAUAGCAGCAGUGGCUCAUGACACAGAUAGUACCGGUGGCUUCUGGUACACUGACCGCAAAUUUACCAUUGUUGUUACUGCUGUCUUGGUUAUUCUUCCUCUCUCCAUCCCCAAAGAGAUUGGCUUUCAGAAGUAUGCCAGUGCACUGAGUGUGAUGGGAACCUGGUAUGUUACCAUCGUGGUCAUUAUAAAAUACAUCUGGCCAGAUAAAGAGAUGACUCCGGGCUAUGGUCCCACCAGUUCUGCUUCCUGGACUGCAGUUUUCAAUGCAAUGCCCACCAUAUGCUUUGGUUUCCAGUGCCAUGUCAGCUGUGUGCCAGUCUUCAACAGCAUGAGCAGGAAAGAGAUAAGACCUUGGGGACUUGUGGUCACUCUCAGCAUGAUAAUCUGCCUCUUUGUUUACACAGGAACAGGUGUCUGCGGCUUCCUGACUUUUGGCUCCAAUGUCAGUCAGGACGUGUUGAUGUCGUACCCUCCUGAUGAUAUUGCUGUGGCCAUCGCAAGAGCUUUUAUUGUCAUCUGUGUGAUCACAUCCUACCCCAUUUUACACUUCUGUGGCAGGGCAGUUAUAGAAGGACUUUGGCUGCGUUUUCAAGGUGAACAGGUGGAGGUGUGUGUACGUCGUGAGCAGAGGAGGAGGAUCCUGCAGACCCUGGUGUGGUUUGUCGUCACCCUCAUCCUCGCCCUCUUCAUCCCAGAUAUUGGUCGGGUGAUCUCGCUGAUCGGAGGAUUGGCGGCCUGUUUUAUCUUUGUCUUCCCAGGUCUGUGUUUGAUGCAAGCCAAACUAUCAGAGACGGACAGCCGGACAGCCAGCUGGCAUGGAUUGGUAGUCUUUGGUGUUGUCAUGGUUACAAUCGGAGCUUUCAUCUUUGGUCUCACCACAACCAACUCCAUCUAUCAAGACAUCAACAGCUAAGAGGAACAUUUUUCGCAGAGCAUGUGGUGUCCUCAUUAUUGAAGACGAGGGAGGGGUGGGGUGUGCUUAGUCCUGUGCUGCUAUUCUGAACUACUGGAUAAGAUGGAGAAGCAUCUCAUGACACUCAUUUAAAAAAAAAAUCAAGACCACUGUGGCAUCCCUGCUCCCGGGUUAAAAGCCCCAGAGCUCUUUGCUCAGUCAGGGAGUAGUCGAAGACACCACACAACGCCAAGUGACUUCAGAAACUUUGCCUUUUAUUUUCUGUAAAAUUUAAAUUGCAUGUUUUAUGUUUUGAUGAUGGGUUUAACUUGCAGUGAAAAUAGUUUGACAGUGUAGCCAUUCCACAGGGCCACAGAGGGCCUCCCUUGUCUCUGGACCCUGUAUGGGUGACGCAUUCCUGUCCUGUUUACAAGAGCUGAAGGACUUUGUAUAGAAAGGUCUUCAAAUCAGAUUGAUUGUUUUUUUUUUUUAUAAUGAAAUUGUACCAAUUUGUGUAUUUUUAACUUGCAUGUCAAAGUAAAUGUUUCUUAUCAUUGAAUCGACAUGUUGUGGUUCCCAGGUCUAAUCCAGGUCUAGACUCUAUAUUGGCGCCGCUGAUAGUUUGUCCACUAAUUGAGAAUUUUGUUUGUUUUUCCUAUGAAAAAUUGAACUGAGUGAUAGGAUUGCACCCACGAGGACACAGCAUUGUUAAUGAGGGAGGUGCUAACUGCAGGUCUUGUUGAUUUGUUCACGUCCAGUCAGUACCUCUAAAUGAGUGGAAAAUGUGAGGUUUUCAACUACAUAGCCAUGGUAAACAAAUCAUAUUACAUUUUGGAAUAGAUGUAGGAAGUCAUUUUAGUUAUUUAUUUUUUUAUUUUUGUUGGUUUCUUAUAUAUUUCAUAAAGUUUUGUACUGUGAAGGUGAGGUUAAACCAUAUUAGUUAAGACAGGUUUGCAAAAGUACAAAGUUACAGUCAUGUGCUGUAAGCCCGCAGACCUUUAAAAGCAGGUGGUUACUUCUAUGUCCAGAACAAUUAAGUGUCAAACAGGCUGAAAACCACAGCAGUGUGCCUCCCCAAACGCUGUGCAGCACAGCAUCACCUCCACAUUCAGGAUAUGAGAACUCAGACUCUUUCAGGACUGUCAAUUCCUACAGAGCAGGGUUUUGAAAAUGACGCCGUCUUUGUGAAUGUAAACAAGAGAUUGGAGUAUCUUACACAGAAUUCAGUUUGCACAUGUACACACUGCUACUGGCAGUGAUGUGUGGAAAAGUCAAGUAGUUGGACUCUUAAGUGUGAGGUUUGAGUUACUUGAAUCAGCUGACACCACUGCAGAAACUCAAGAAUGAUGAGUUAUAAAUAAUUUUUGUUCUUUUUUGACUAAAACCAAAGUGUGAACUUUCUUUUUUUUUUUUAUGCCCCAGCAUUCAAAACCUCAUCUAUUCAACACUAAAGAUGUUUAGAAUAUAAAGUAUGUUUAAAUGAUUUACAAUGCCACAGUGAUAAAAACUAAAGGGUAUUUAAUCCUGGUUUUACGUUUAUUCAAUUACACUUUAUCAGCUUUGGGGUUGCUAAGUGUGUUAUGAUCCAUAAUUCAAGUGAGAUUCAAGGCUGACAGCCAUUUGAUUCUACUAUUUAUUCAGGUUUUUAUCAAACUAAGCAAUAAGGUGUUUUACUUUUGUAUAUGAGGGACAGACAUGGUAAAAGGGAUUUUUUUUUUUCUUCCCAGAAAAGCAAGUACAUUGUAUUAGUCACACAGGUGACAAAUACAACAUAAUUUUGAGAAAGGGAAAGAAGCUGUAGUCAAAACAUUAAUGAAUCCUCUGUGGGACCAGUACAAAAAGUAAAGUGUCAGACUUUUUAUCUUAUUUAAAAUUUUUUGCAAUCAUUUUUGGAAUGUAAUUUGUUUUCAACCAUUUGUGUCAAAUUUUUAUGAUUUUUUUUCUUUUACUCUAUUGGUGCUACAGAUGAGUGGAUAGCAGCUUCAUCUAUAACAGUGAUUUAUUGUUUGCUGGUUGGAAGAAUGUACAACUUUUCUCAAGGCAUUUGUUCAUCAGAAAUCAUUUUUCCUUGUUUCUACAGAACGAUGACGCAUAAAAAUUAUGUUCAUUGGCAAGUUUUAAAGGAACCUGCCUAUGAUAUGAUACUCCAAUAAAUUAACUACAAUCAAUGUCUGUGAAUAAAUAUGACAAUCCAUGUGUCAGUGGCAGUUCAACAAAACAUUUAAUUAAAAGACAAAUGAUGA